AUUCAUGCAAUUCUCGCCAAGUUCUACCUUCGUUAACGUCUUCUCUGUAGACAAUACCAAACCCUAGCUCUUUCUGUGCUUAUCAUUUCCAUUGCUGCCCUUCAUUUUCUUUUCCUUUCCGGGAAAUCUUCAUUUCUCUUUCUUUCCAUUUUUAUCUUUCUUUUAGUUGUUAGAUCUGCGUGGUGUGGGGUUAUUUCGGUGCAUAAGUUUUGUUUGAUUUCUGCUUUGAAGCUUUUGAUCUAGGACUUGUUUAUUUUGGUUAAUUUUCUUCUGAGCGGUAGUUGUGGGGAUUAGAGAGAGAAGUAGGGUAAAAAGAGGGGGUUGGUCCGGUUCCGAUUGAUCUUCUUCUGCUUCUUUUGAGGGGGUAGCCGGGGCCUCGGCCUCGGCGGGUUUUAAAGCCCCCACCUGCACAAACUGAGAAGAAAAUCAUAAUAAUAACCCUAACUUCUUUUUAACCCAAAACAGAUCGUCGCGGAAGAGGAUGCCGGCCCUGGCUUGUUGCGUAGAUGCUGCCCUUGCGCCUCCCGGCUACGCUAAUCAUGCAGGGGAUAGCUCCCUUCAGUCGUCGAUCCUAUUUUCCGGCGUACCUCCGGCACCUACCACCACCACCGCAUCCGCCAUUGAUAACUCUCCUUUCUCUCAUUGGUCACCUUCCCUCUCUGCCGCUCUCUAUAAGAUCGACGGAUGGGGUGCUCCUUACUUUUCUGUCAACUCCUCCGGCAAUAUUGCCGUCCAUCCUUAUGGGACUGAUACGCUGGCUCACCAGGAAAUUGAUCUCAUGAAAAUCAUGAGGAAAGUUUCGGAUCCGAAGUCCAUGGGCGGGCUUGGAUUGCAGCUGCCUCUUAUUGUUCGCUUGCCUGAUAUCCUCAAAAACAGGAUUGAGUCCCUGCAGUCAGCUUUCAAUUAUGCAAUCCAUUCUCAGGGCUUUGAGGCUCAUUACCAAGGUGUUUAUCCUGUGAAAUGUAACCAGGAUCGUUUUGUUGUUGAAGAUAUCGUGAGAUUUGGAUCUCCAUUCCGGUUCGGGUUGGAGGCCGGGUCUAAACCGGAACUCCUUUUGGCUAUGAGCUGUUUGUGCAAGGGAAAUCCAGAUUCUUUCCUUGUUUGUAACGGUUUCAAGGAUGCAGAGUACAUUUCUCUGGCGUUGCUUGCCAGGAAACUCGCCUUGAAUACAGUGAUUGUGCUUGAACAAGAAGAAGAGCUCGAUUUGGUUCUUGAAAUGAGCAAGAAAUUAUCUAUUAGGCCCGUGAUUGGUGUUCGAGCUAAGCUGAGAACUAAGCAUUCAGGUCAUUUCGGAUCUACUUCAGGUGAGAAAGGUAAAUUUGGGUUAACCACAACCCAGAUUUUACGGGUUGUGAAGAAGCUUGAGGGAGCAGGAAUGCUUGAUUGCCUCCAGUUGCUGCAUUUCCAUAUAGGGUCUCAGAUUCCUUCCACUGCGUUGCUUGCUGAUGGUGUAGGUGAGGCUGCACAGAUCUACUGCGAGUUAGUCCGUCUUGGUGCUCAAAUGCAAGUGCUUGAUAUUGGAGGCGGGUUGGGAAUUGAUUAUGAUGGAUCCAAAUCUGGUGAUUCGGAUAUAUCUGUUGCUUAUGGACUCGAAGAAUAUGCUCAUGCUGUUGUGCAAGCUGUUAAGUUUGUUUGCGAUAGGAAGAACAUUAAACAUCCGGUGCUUUGCAGCGAAAGUGGUCGGGCUAUCGUUUCUCAUCACUCCAUUUUGAUUUUUGAAGCUGUCUCCGCAAGCAUGUCAAGUGCAGCUGCAUCAAUGACUUCUGCAGGGUUUCAGUAUUUUGUGGAUGGACUUACGGAGGAUGCAAUUUCUGAUUACAGAAACUUAACAUCUGCAGCUAUGAGAGGUGAGAACGAUACCUGCUUGCUCUAUGCUGACCAAUUGAAACAAAGAUGUGUUGAUCAGUUCAAAGAAGGUAGUAUCGGUAUGGAACAAUUAGCUGCUGUUGAUAGUUUAUGUGAAUUGGUUGGUAAAGCUGUUGGAUUAUCGGAUCCUAUUCGGACAUACCAUGUGAAUCUAUCAGUUUUUACUUCAAUCCCUGAUUUCUGGGGUAUUGGGCAGUUGUUUCCUAUAGUCCCUAUCCAUCGACUAGAUCAGAGGCCGGCCGUGAGAGGGAUUUUGUCUGAUUUAACAUGUGACAGUGAUGGAAAGAUUGAUAAGUUCAUUGGCGGUGAGUCUAGCUUGCCGUUGCAUGAAAUUGAAGGUGGACGGUACUACUUGGGGAUGUUCUUGGGCGGGGCUUAUGAGGAGGCCCUCGGUGGAGUUCACAACUUGUUUGGUGGCCCGAGCGUUGUGCGGGUUUCGCAGAGCGAUGGACCCCAUAGCUUUGCAGUGACUCGCGCUGUGCCCGGACCAUCUUGUGGUGAUGUCCUCCGGGUUAUGCAGCAUGAGCCCGAGCUCAUGUUCGAGACUCUCAAGCACCGUGCUGAAGAAUAUUGCCACCAUGACGAAGACAGUGAUGAUAGCGAUGGUGAUCAUCACAUGGGCAAUGCUACUUUGGCUAGCAGUCUUGCUCGCUCUUUCCAUAACAUGCCUUAUCUUGUGGCUUCUUGUUCAUUGACUGCUUUGAAUAAUGGUGGUUUCUACUACUGCAAUGAGGAUGCUGCUGAUUCUGCUACUGGGGAUGAAGACCAGUGGUCCUAUUGCUGUGCUUGAGAUUAGCAUCCCCCCACCAACUUUGUUAAAACAUAUUGUUGGUUUGUGUGUGUGCUAGAGGUCGUCGUGUUGUUUAACUCUUUUAUUUAAUUUUUCUGUCUAUUCUUAAUUUCCAUAUUUAUCCUUUUUAUCUAUGGCAAAAGAUGGAAGAUGCAGUACAACCUUUUGCAUUUUGUGAUGAAAGAGGGAUUGGGAAACCGAAUAAUCUAUCCUUUUGUAAAUUCGGGAUCUUCGUCCCUCUUUUUAUUGUACCUUUCGGUAGAUUUUUUAAAGUUUUUGGUUCAAUAUUGCCUUUCA